AUGAAUUCGGAUAUAGUGGCAAUAUGGACUGUGCCUCUAUACGAUAAGAUGCAUAAGAUUGAAUUUGAGCAUGGUACUACAACCGGGAAAAGAAUCAUUAGGGUUGACGGAAGGGAAGUCCUCAGAAAAGAUUGGAUGUUUAAACUCGUAGGUCGUGAAACGUUUUCCAUCGAGAAAAUCAAAUGUGCAAUUACUGUAGAAGCUAUUGGAACAUUUGAUUACGAGUAUAGUUUGGAAGUAAAUGGCAAAAGUUACGAAAAAUUUCGCGAAGAACAGAAAAGGUCGCUAAAAAUCUGGUUGGCGAUUAUCGAUGGUGAAGAGACUCGGAUUUGUCUCGAAAAGGGAACUAUGGAUAUAUGGGUAAAUGAUACAAAAAUUGAUUCAGCUGGUGAAUUUGUUGAAGAUGGAACAGAAACACAUUUCGAAGUCGGUCGUAAUAUUUGCUGUAUCAAGGCGAUAAGCAGUGGUAGAAAGAACAUUGGUAUUGUCCAUCGACUUUUUGUGAAUGAAAAGGAAAUACCUUCACUCGACGAUCAAAAAAUCCAAACGUAA